ACAUUUUCCCUAGAAACCCUAGAAUAAGGAAUCAAUACAUAUUUGUUAGACGCUUGGGUUUGCAGAGCCGUCAUCAGAUCUCAUAUCUCUGCCUAUUUCCUUCCUUCCCCUCCACUCAAACAUAAAAAAACAUGGCAGCUACUCAAAUCAGCAAAAAGCGAAAGUUCGUCGCUGACGGAGUCUUCUUCGCGGAACUCAACGAGGUCUUGACCAGGGAGCUCGCUGAGGAUGGAUACUCUGGAGUCGAAGUCAGAGUUACUCCCAUGCGCACCGAGAUUAUCAUCAGAGCUACCCGCACCCAAAACGUUCUCGGUGAGAAAGGGAGGAGGAUUAGGGAGCUGACCUCAGUGGUUCAGAAGCGAUUCAAGUUCCCAGAAAACAGCGUCGAGCUUUACGCUGAGAAGGUCAACAACAGAGGCCUUUGCGCUAUUGCUCAGGCCGAGUCUCUUCGCUACAAGCUCCUUGGAGGUCUUGCCGUCAGGAGGGCCUGCUAUGGUGUGCUGAGAUUCAUCAUGGAGAGUGGUGCCAAGGGAUGUGAGGUCAUUGUUAGUGGAAAGCUAAGGGCACAGCGUGCUAAAUCUAUGAAAUUCAAGGAUGGAUAUAUGAUAUCUUCCGGCCAUCCAGUCAAUGAAUAUAUUGACUCUGCUGUCAGACACGUUCUUUUGAGACAGGGGGUACUUGGUAUUAAGGUCAAGAUUAUGCUUGAUUGGGAUCCCAAGGGUAAGCAGGGCCCUACAACUCCAUUACCUGAUCUUGUCACAAUCCACCCUCCCAAAGAGGAUGAAGGUACCAAGAUUGUUGCUGCUGAGCCAACUGAUAUUGAGAUGCCGUUGGUGGCUUAAAGUUCGACCAUUACUUUACUGAUAGUCAUCUAAUUGGCCCCGAAGACCUCUGCUUUAGUUCUUUUUUUUUUAUAUGUUUCUUAAAAUUUGUUAUACUAAAGUUAUUAGUUAUUUUUUU